AUGAACACGGAAAAAAUUGAUAAGCACACGGCGAUAAAAGGAUACUACUUCGAUGCGUCAUACAAUGAAGCACUGAAAGCUGUACGCCAAGAGUUGAAGGACGAUGCGGUACGGUCGAGGCCCCAAAAGGAAGGACUCGUUGGAUUUAUCGCUGGUGAAGGUGCUCUGGCGCUCGAAAAGGAUGGCCAGAGAGGAGAAGUCGUAAUUAAGGUAGCCACAACGUUUGACCGUGUAUUGGAUAUCCUCGAAGAUUGGUCGGCAUUCCGUGCUUGGGUCGUAAUGUGGCCCAUCGAUUCCAAAAUGGACGAAGUUAGGCUAAAAAGGCUGUUAAAGAUGGUAAAAGCACAAGUAAACAGCGGUGGAAAAAUCGUAAGCGUGUGGCCUCCCGUCAACGAAAAGAAUAUGGCGAUGUGGCUCCAAAUUCAAGAGCUGUGGAGUGCUUUGGAUAGCACGUUGAUGAGGAUCAACGACGACAAUCAAAUAUUUGUGACAUCGAGUUCAAAAGUCAUUGAAGGAAAGCUAUAUAUUGAGGCAGUGCAACGUGAGGAAACGAAUUUGGAAGCAAUUAGUCGUGCAGCAGUGGAAUUGGCAAUACGAGGUGCACAUAAACUUUCACGAGCUGGAAAUGAGCUUGCGAAUCUCAAGGGUAAAGCGAAGGUUCAUUGA